CUCUCUACUGCUAAACUUGGUACUCUGUUUGAAUAAAGCUUCUUCCCAACACAUCUGGGAGCAGCACCGAGUCAGAACACAUAAGGAUUUGGCUGACGGGUUGGAGUCACAACAGUACUUUACUACUUACUACAGGAGAGAAUAUACAGUAUCAAUCCAACAAGGGACAAGAAUACUGCAGGAAAAAAGAAUAUCCUUUUCAACAGGUCAACCAUGAUGACCUUGCUCCUACUGUGUGUGUGUCUUCCCUUCAUCACCUCAACUAUAUCAUUUGAAGACCCCGGCGAUCUCGACAGUAACCUGAGUGUCAGCAUUCCCGUGGAGGUGGCGCUGCACCCUCUGAUGGGCACCAAGGUGGUGGUGCCCUGCUACUUCCAGGACAACAUGGUCAACGACCCCGGCACAUCCACUGUCACUCCCCUGUCCCACCGCAUCAAGUGGACCUACGUCACCAAGGGCAAGGCCACCCUCAUACUGCUGGCGUCAGAGGGCAAAGUUCACGUGGAGACGGAGUACCUAGACCGGGUCACCAUGGUCAACUACCCGCUGGUGCCCACCGACGUCACCAUGGAGAUCACAGAACUGCGUGCCAAGGACUCGGGCACUUACCGCUGUGAGGUCAUGCACGGCAUCGAGAAUAACUAUGACUGGGUGGACAUCCAGGUUCAAGGCAUUGUGUUCCACUACCGAGCCGUCUCCACGCGCUACACUCUGAACUUUGAGAGGGCCAAGGCUGCCUGUACCCAGAACAGUGCCACCAUCGCCACCCCAGCUCAACUACAGGCUGCCUUUGACGAUGGCUUCCACCAAUGUGACGCCGGGUGGCUCUCUGACCAAACAGUCAGGUAUCCCAUCCAUGAGCCUCGUGAGGGUUGCUUCGGAGACAAGGAGGAGUUCCCGGGAGUGCGAACCUACGGCUUGAGAGAGGUCAACGAGACUUAUGACGUGUACUGCUUUGCACAGAAGAUGUCAGGCAGAGUGUUCUACUCCAUGUCCGUGGAGAAGUUCACCUUCUACCAGGCAAUGGACCAGUGUGCCAAACUAGGGGCCAAGCUGGCCACCACAGGGCAGCUGUACCUGGCCUGGAAGUCUGGCAUGGACGUGUGUAAUGCGGGCUGGCUGGCAGACGGAAGCGUCCGCUACCCCAUCAACAUUGUCAGGCCCCAGUGUGGUGGAGGACAACUUGGAGUGAGGACCGUGUACCUGUUCCCUAACCAGACAGGCUACCCCUACCCGGACUCCCACUAUGAUGCUAUCUGCUACCAAGAGGACGACGGUGCAGUCAAGACCACCCCGUUCCCAGAGGUGGCCACCAUCACAGACAGUCCUAUGGUCUAUCCAGGGCUAACCACCACCCCUGAAACUGAGGCAAGGGGGGAGGUGCUGACCCAAGGCCCCCUGGACACCAUCACCAUGGCACCGACCUUACCCAUCCCACCCAGUGUGACUGACACGGUUACGAAGGUUACCCCGGUCGUGGGGGAAGCGAUCAUUAGCAGGGUGACAGCUAAACCUGAUGUGGGCUUCGAGUUCCCUCUUGACAAUGACACUGCCAUGGCUCCUACAGGUGUGGUGUUCCACUACCGUGCUGACUCAAGUCGCUAUGCCCUGUCCUUCGUGGAGGCCCAGAUGGCCUGUCAGAGUGUGGGUGCGGUCAUCGCCAGCUCCCAGCAGCUACAGGCAGCCUACGAGGCAGGGCUCCACCACUGUGAUGCAGGCUGGCUCAGGGACCAGACCGUCAGGUACCCCAUCCUGUCUCCCAGAGAUAAGUGUUCAGGAAACCUGGAGAAUGUCCCAGGGGUGAGGUCCUAUGGCCUGAGACCUGCUACUGAGCAAUACGACGUCUACUGCUAUGUGGACCGCCUCAAGGGGGAGCUGUUCUAUUCCAGUGACUAUGACAGCUUCUCCUAUGAGGAGGCUGUAGCCCACUGCCAGAAGCUCAACACCACGCUAGCCACCACAGGGCAGCUCUAUGCCGCCUGGAGACAGGGCUUCGACAAGUGUCGUCCAGGCUGGCUGCAGGAUCGCAGCGUCCGCUACCCCAUCCAUGCCCCAAGGCCCCACUGUGGAGGCGGCAAGGCCGGGGUACACACCAUCUACGCCUUCCCCAACCAGACAGAAAACCCAGACCAGCACUCCAGAUACGAUGCAUACUGCUUCAGAGCUGAACGUGUGAUUAUUCAUACUGAAACCAGACUCAACGUUACUCUAGUUGUCGAGGAGGAAAUUAUCAACAUGACAACGAGAACAGACCAAUUGACGCCUGUGAGCCCCAUCGAGCCACCUGUCUCUGUGGAUGUGUCUGGUUCAGCCUCAGCUGAUCAUUCAUCCAGUGGUAGUGGCAGUGGAACUCCUGGCCAUAGUGGAUACACAUCUGGUAGGGCAAGCGGCGAGGGCUCAGGGUCUGGCUUCCAAGUCACCUUCGAGGGCAGUGGACCCAUCUUGUCUGGAGAGGGCUCUGGCUCUGGCUCUGGAGAUCCUCAGGAGGCGGGAGAGGGGAGUACCACUGUCACCAACCCCCCGAAAUUCAGCGAGUCUGGGGAUAGUGGAUCUGGGGUGGGGGUGGGAGAGUUCAGUGGUGGGCUACCGUCCAGUGUCCUUCCCCACUCGGGUAGUAGCAGCGGAGUAUCUGAGGACCUGAGUGGUAGCGGGGACUCUGUCAUCAUCAUUGUGGACGGAGAGAUGGUGGACAUCUCCAAACGGCAGCCCACCGGACAGGAGUUUGGACAAGGAGGUGUGGACAUCAGUGGCUCUGGAGGAAUGUCUGGAUUGUAUGGCCUCUUCAGCGGGGAUGUUACCAGCACCUCUGGUUCCGGAAGUCCUGACAUAUCUUUCACGCAUUCAGGUCUCAUCGACCUGACCGAUCAGCCCUCGGGAGAGCAGGAAGUCUCCGGCUACCAGACCUUCUCUUCUGGUUUUUCAAGCGGUUUCCCCUCCGGUUUUCCAUCUGGUUUUCACAGUGGCUCUGGAUUCCCAUCCAGCAGGGACAAAGCCCAUUCAGGCCACGAGGUCAUCUUCCUGACAGAUGAUGGGAUGAUGGAGGUGACGGCACGUCAAGGGGAGCAGCGUCCAGAGCAGGGACGGGGUUACGUAGAGGUCAGUGGAGACAGCAGUAGCCAACAUGAAGGGAGCACCUCGGCCAGUGGGCUCUCCCUGGGGGAGUCACCAUUUGCAGAGGGCCUGUCUGUGGUGCUGCCGCCUGGUUCAACCAUGACUUACCCAGAGAAUAUCGGCAGUCUUGGAAACACAGACAGAGGGGAUGACCUGGAUCUGGUGGAGGAAGGCCAAGAGCAGAAAGGGCUGGGAGGUUCCACGGAGACGAUCUAUGUCACGGCACCAUCGGCAGUCUUCCCUAGCAUGACGACAGCACCCGCCGUCUCGAUGGUGAACCCUGCUGUGGUGGAGGAGCCUGCUGCAGUGUACGCUACUACUGAACCUUGUGAGCCUAACCCGUGUGGAGCAGGCACCUGCUCUGUGGAGGAUGGCGUCGCUUUGUGCCAAUGCCCACAUGGAUUCGCUGGAGAGGAAAACUGCAGCACACCAGUGCAGGGCUGCGCCGAGGGCUGGGUGGAAUUCAUGGGGAGCUGCUACCUGCACUUUGCUGAGAGAGACACCUGGCCUGACGCUGAGCAGCGCUGCCAAGAGCUUAACGCCCACCUGGUCAGCAUCACCUCCCAACAGGAGCAGGAGUUUGUCAACUCUAACGCUCAGGACUAUCAGUGGAUUGGACUCAAUGACAAGGACGUGCAGAAUGAGUUCCGCUGGACAGAUGGCAGUCCAUUGGAAUUUGAGAACUGGAGGCCCAACCAGCCGGAUAACUACUUUAACUCUUGGGAGGACUGUGUGGUGAUGAUCUGGCACGAGAACGGCCAGUGGAACGACGUGCCCUGCAACUACCACCUGCCCUUCACCUGCAAGAGUGGACCUGUCAUGUGCCACUCGCCCCCAGAGGUGGCCAAUGCCAGGCCGAUGGGCAGCAGAAAAGAGCGUUACCCUGUCAACUCUAUAGUCCGCUACCAAUGUGACGCAGGCUUCACACAGCGCCACCCGCCUGUUGUACGCUGCCGUCCCGACGGGCGGUGGGAGGAGCCCCAGGUGGAGUGUAUAGAACCCGGUGCCACACCCAGCAACAGACUACACAAGAGGUCCAUCAGGAGACGGUCUAAAGCAGCCAACAGUCAGUCAUGGAGGAAGCGUCUCUAAGCAGGACUGAAGGGACACACUAAAAGAGAACCAAAUGGAGCACUCUUGUAGAUAAACGUUGAUACUCAACGCCAUUUUGCCUGACCAAAAAAAAACACAACGUUCCCACCAGGGAUGGAAAUGGAAAACAAGUUACUUUGGGAACCCAAAAAAUCCUUGAAAUCACCUAAAGCAAAUUUUUUACAUGUCAAAAUGAUUUAAUUCCACCAUUUCCACCCCUGAUUCCCGCCACGUGUGUGUGUGUGUGUGUGUGUAUAUAUAUAUAGUACCAGUCAAAAGUUUGGACACACCUAUUCAUUCAAGGGUUUUCUUUAUUU